CAACUAAUUUUACUGUCAUGGUCAUCAGUAAAUAUUUCUUUUUACUCGCACGAAAGCAAAAAAUUCGCAAGUGUCUAGAACAUAUCGAUAUUGAUUGGCGAAGAGCCAAACAAUCAGAAGAUCGAGAAGUCAUGCUUGCAUAUGCAAAAAGUGGUAGAUUUAUUUCAACUAUAUGUGCUAGUUUUAUGUAUGGAGGUGGAAUUUUGUAUCAAACCAUUGCUCCACUUGCUAGGGGUAAAAUCCUAACAGCUAAUAACAUCAGUAGAUAUCCAUUACCAUAUCCAGUUUAUGCAGGACUUUUUGUUGCUGAUCGCAGUCCCUAUUAUGAAAUUGUGUUUACAUUUCAAUGGAUUUCAAGUUUUCUUAGAUAUAGCAUCAACGUGGCUACUUGUAGUCUUGGUGCAGUUGUUGUUUUACAUACAUGUGGCCAAUUGAAAAUUGUAAUAUCUAGACUAGAAAAUUUUAUCAAUACUCAAGAUACAAUAGUUGAAAUAAAAUAUAAAGUUGCUGAGAUUGUAGAGCUACACCUUCGGUCUAUGAGUUUUAUAACUCAGAUAGAAGAGGUAUUGAAUGAAGUUUGUCUAAUAGAAGUGCUUGGGAGUACGACAAUUAUAUGCUUGAUUGGUUACUACAUUUUGAUGGAAUUUGAAACAGAUCAUCUACGAGCCAUUGACUUGUCAACCUACAGUGUUCUAUUCACGUCAUUUACAUUCAACAUUUUUAUACUCUGUCAUAUUGGUGAGAAGCUCUCCCAGCAGAAACAAGAAGUUGGUACAAUAGCUUAUAUGAUUGACUGGUAUAAAUUAUCCGGAAAGGAUGCGCGAAUGUUGAUUUUAUUAUUACGAAUUUCUAAUUAUCCAAUCAGAUUAACUGCUGGAAAAAUGGCAGAAUUAUCAUACCGUAGUUUUGCAUCUAUUAUCAAAACUUCAAUGACAUUUUUGAAUCUAUUGCGAACUAUACUUCAGUAUUUAAAAAGACAUCUGGCCAUCAACAUGCUUAAAAAACCCGAGAUUCUACGACCAGUACCUAAACCGACAGAUCAAUCAAAAAAUGAUAUGAAAUACAGUAUUGAAAUAAAUCGUUGGUUUUUGAUACCACUUGGUAUACUACCCUUCAGAGAUAAACCAACGUUUAUCCAUAAAUGCAUUUCAUACAUUUUUGUUCUCAUUUGUGCUACUCUUUUGUGUUUUAUAUUUAUUCCGACUUUGUUACAUAUGUUACUUGCAAAUAUCAAUUUAAAAAUAAAAAUAAAGUUAAUAGGACCUACAAGUUUUACCAUCAUGGUGAUGAGUAAGUAUUGUUUUCUAUUAGCACGAAAGAAAAAAAUUCGCAAGUGCCUAGAACAUAUCGAUAUUGACUGGAGAAGAGCAAAUCAAUCAGAAGAUCGAAAAAUCAUGCUCGCUUCUGCAAAAAAUGGUAGAUUUAUCUCGACUCUUUGUGCUAGUUUCAUGUAUGGUGGUGGCUUUUUUUAUCAAACAAUAGCUCCCUUAUCAAGAGGUAAAAUCCUAACAGCUAGUAACAUUAGCCGUCAUCCACUUCCAUCUCCAGUAUACGCAGGGCUAUUUACUGCAGACCAUAGUCCUUAUUAUGAAAUAGUUUUCGCAACUCAGUGGAUUUCUAGUUUCAUCAGAUACAGCAUCAACGUCGCAACAUGUAGUUUAGGUGCUGUGUUAGUUCUACAUGCAUGUGGCCAAUUACAAAUUGUUAUGUCUAGACUGGAGAGUUUCAUUAAUAAACGUGACACGCAAAUUGAAGUUAAAUAUAAAAUUGCUGAAAUUGUUGAACUUCAUCUGCGAUCUAUGAGUCUGAUUGUUCGUAUCGAGGAGCUUUUAAAUGAAGUUUGUCUUGUGGAAUUCCUUGGAUGCACAAUUAAUAUAUGUCUGCUUGGGUAUUAUAUUAUAGCACAUUCAAGACCUAUUGAAAUAUUAACAUAUGGUGUUCUUUUUAUAUCAUUUACUUUCAAUAUUUUUAUAUUUUGUUAUAUCGGUGAGCUAUUAACUCAACAGGGACAAAAAGUUGGCAUGAUAGCUUAUAUGAUUGAUUGGUACAAGUUACCAGAAAAUGAUGCAAAAAUGUUAAUUCUAGUUCUAACUAUGUCCAAUUAUCAAAAUAGUAUAACAGCUGGUAAAAUGGCACAACUUUCAUAUCGAAGCUUUGGUGGUAUUUUAAAAACAGCAAUGGCUUAUUUAAAUUUUUUGAGAACACUUGUUUAAAAAAUUAUUUUUCUUUUAAAUUCUCAUCAUGAUAGAAGAAUUAAU